GUCUUAGAGAGUGAGUGCCAUGGAAAUUGUCCAUUUAGCAUGCUUUUAAUAAGGUCUUCUCAUCAAAUAGAUGGAUGUCAGUACAAUCUUCCCUUGGAGUAUGCCCUUUGUUUAUUUCUUCUCUUACAUCUCUCUCAGCAUAAUGUAUGGUUUGUUCCACAUCCCACACUCAUUCAUUGCCCAUAUGUUUUACAGUUGGUUUGUCACUCUUUUUCCUACUUUAACAUUGGUUCCUGUUUUACUCUUGAUGUAUUUUCAGGUGCAAUCCAUCAAACAUGACAGCUAUUUCAUCUCCAUCCCUACAUUGUCUGUGUCAAGUCAGCCUUCCCUGAAGGCACUUGCAGAACAUGGCAUUGGUAUAUAUCUCUUUUGAUGCUGCUUGAAUCUGAAGCUCAUAAUUACAGGUUGUAUAAUUGUCUUUGAAUGCUUAUUUUUCCAGUUGCAGGUCAAGGAUGGGGCUAAUGCCAGAAAGGAUUUGCAGC